GUGGGGGGCCAAGAGAAGAGCCCCAGGUGACACUAAUGGUCAGAGAGGGAGCGAGAGAAGAGUGUCCAGGAGGUCAGAGUGGUGGACCGUGGGUUAGAGAGGAGGCUAGUGCCAGGACAGCUGAGAGGCUGGUGGGACAAGUGGGGACCUUUGAUGUAAACCCUCCAGGAGGGAGGCUUGGGGGAGGGCCUCGGUCAUGGAUGCCAGCCUUUCCCUCUCCCAUCACCCAGGCUGAAUGUGGACGGGCUCCUGGUCCACUUUCCUUAUGACUACAUCUACCCUGAGCAAUUCUCCUAUAUGCUGGAGCUCAAGCGGACCCUGGAUGCCAAGGGUCAUGGAGUCCUUGAGAUGCCCUCGGGCACCGGCAAGACCAUCUCCCUCCUGGCCUUGAUCGUGGCCUACCAGCGGGUUCACCCCCUGGAAGUGACCAAGCUCAUCUACUGCUCCAGGACUGUCCCUGAGAUUGAGAAGGUGAUAGAAGAGCUCAGGAAGCUGAUGAACUCCUUUGAGAAGCAGGAAGGAGAGAAGGUUCCUUUCCUGGGCCUGGCCUUGAGUUCACGGAAGAAUCUGUGUAUUCACCCUGAGGUGACCCCCUUGAGGUUUGGGAAGGACGUGGAUGGAAAGUGUCACAGCCUGACGGCUUCUUAUGUGCGGGCCCAGCGCCAACAGGAUGCCAGUGUCCCUCACUGCCGAUUCUAUGAGGAGUUUGAUGCCCAAGGUCGCCAAAUGCCUAUUCCCUGGGGCAUCUACAACCUGGAUGAUCUGAAGGCCUUUGGACAGCAGAAAGGCUGGUGUCCAUACUUCCUGGCCCGAUACUCAAUUCUUCAUGCCAAUGUGAUCGUCUACAGCUAUCACUACCUUCUGGACCCAAAGAUCGCUGACCUUGUUUCCAAAGAGCUGGCUCGGAAAGCCGUGGUUGUUUUUGACGAGGCCCACAACAUCGACAAUGUAUGCAUCGACUCAAUGAGUGUGAAUCUGACCCGCCGGACCCUGGACCGAUGCCAGAACAACUUGGAGACGCUGCAGCGCACAGUUCACAAGAUCAAAGAGACUGAUGAGAAACGCUUACGGGAAGAAUACCGCCGCCUAGUGGAGGGGCUUCGUGAGGCCAGCGUUGCCCGGGAGACAGAUGCCCACCUGGCUAACCCGGUCCUUCCAGAUGAAGUAUUACAGGAGGCGGUCCCUGGCUCCAUCCGAACAGCCGAGCAUUUCCUGGGCUUCCUCCGGCGCCUGCUGGAAUAUGUCAAAUGGCGCCUGCGGACCCAGCAUGUGGUCCAGGAGAGCCCGCCGGCCUUCCUGGGGGGCCUGGCCCACCGUGUCUGCAUCCAGCGCAAGCCUUUGCGGUUCUGCGCUGAGCGGCUGAGGUCGCUACUGCACACGCUCGAGAUCGCAGACUUGGCGGACUUCUCCCCGCUCACCCUCCUCUCAAAUUUCGCCACCCUGGUCAGCACCUACUCCCGAGGCUUCACCAUUAUCAUCGAACCCUUCGACGAGAGGACCCCGACCAUUGCCAACCCCGUCCUACAUUUCAGGUGAGACCCCCCC